CCUGUCUGCUUCAUCAGGCUGCGGGAUCCUACGAUGAUUUGGACUGCUGCUCUCCUCAUGAUUGUUGUUUCAUACGCUGCAUCAGAAAAUUACUGUUACAAUGAGCCACAAUGUGAUCCUUAUUCAUGGGGAGACACAUUCCCAUCAUGUCACCCCUUACUUGAAGAGCACCACUCUCCCAUCAACCUCGACCACCAGAUGACCAGAAAUGACUCUCUGGGGUCUGUGCAUCUGGAGGGCUUCGAUAUGAUCCAAACAGGCCAAUGGACGCUUAAAAAUGACGGACACUCUGUUGUGCUACACGUCGGCAGUGGCAUGUCAGUGAGCGGUGGAGGUCUUCCAGAUGUGUACCACACCAUCCAGGUGCACUUCCACUGGGGAGGCCCAGCCACCAACGGCUCAGAGCACACAGUGGAGAGACGCAGAUACCCAAUGGAGAUGCAUAUAGUCAACAUGAAGUCCAUCUAUCCAAAUUUGACAGCCGCCUUGGAUGAUCCAACUGGACUUGCUGUCCUUGGAUUCUUCAUUGAUGUUGUGUAUGCAGACAAUGUGCACUUUGGACAUGUAUCACAAAAACUGUCCUCUGUAGCUUACAAAGGCCAAACUACUAAAAUCAAGCCAUUCCCACUGAUGAGCCUUCUGCCGAAGCACAACAUGAGUCAGUAUUACCGUUAUUACGGCAGCCUCACCACCCCUCCUUGUUCCCAAGUGGUUGUAUGGACUCUGUAUGAAGUCCCCAUCUACAUCUCAUGGUCUCAACUGGCUCAGUUUACCUCACAGAUCUUCUCCACAGAGGAGGAUGCAGAGCAGGUGACACCUCUGCAGAACAACUUCAGGCACAUCCACCCUACCUUCAGCCGCAUCAUCUCUGCAUCCAAAGAUGCCAAACUUCUCACAGGGACGGCCAGUCGUCCCUUCAGGUUAUCUGUGUCAGUGCAGCUGCUUCAAAUCAUUUUACUGGGAGGCUUCAUCUCUGGACUCUAGUGCUGCGUCAAGUCCAAAUCAUGAAACAUGAAA